UUCGCGUGGAGCAGCACCGCUUCUACUUCGACAUCAGCGCGAUGGAGAGGGGCGAGCAGAUGCUGAAAGCCGAGUUCAGGGUCUUCAAGCUGAAGAGGACACACGCGCCGAGGAGGUCUGACGUGAAACACUUCUGCAAAGUGGAAGUGUAUGAGCUCUUGGAGAGUGGAAGUAAGCCACAAAAAAAACAUCUUAUUGCAUCAAGAUUAUUGUCCCUGUACGCAGAAGGCUGGGAAGCAUUCAACGUCACACAGACAGUUUCUAAGUGGGUUGAAAACAGCAGCUCCAACCAUGGCUUUUUGAUAACUACAACACAUGUAUCCAACAACAGAAUUGAGCACAACCUGGUUAAGUUUGCUAAGAGCCAGGGCAGUUCGCAGGAGAGUAGAAGUGCUCUCCUUGUCCUCUUCACCAACAGUAACAAGCGGAGGUCUUCCAGCUUUGUACCCUCUUCCACAAAACCGGAGAUGAACCCUGCCAAAAAUGAUGCUUCACGUAUGCCUCGUGAAACUCAGAUCACGGAAAACAGCAGUGCAAGCAUGAGCAGGAGACCUCGAGCUGCUGCAAUGCCUCCUGGCAAAAGCCAGAUAACAACAUGUCAUCGAAGGGAACUCUAUGUUGACUUCCGUGCUAUUGGCUGGUCAGGAUGGAUUAUUUACCCAAGUGGAUACAACGCGUUUUAUUGCAGAGGAUCCUGUCUCUUCCCCCUGGGGGAAAAUCUAAAUGCAACAAACCAUGCUACAGUUCAGUCCAUAGUCCAUACGCUUAAACUGUCUCAAGAUGUCAGCACGCCCUGCUGUGUGCCAGAUGAAUUGAAGUCCCUCAAUCUUCUCUACUUUGAUGACAAAGAGAAUGUGGUCCUUAAAAAUUAUAAAGACAUGGUGGCAACAAGGUGUGGUUGUCAUUAG